CCAAUUUCAUCUUCUUUAGAUUUAUAGAAAAGAAUUGCUGAGAACAGGAAAAUACCCAUUUGAUCAAAUCAUUAAAAGGUUGCAGAAAAAAUUAAAGAAAAUUUGAAGAAAUAUAGGAGAGAGAAAAUGCUAGCAGUGUUCAACAAGGAAGUAGCUAAGUGCCCAGAAGAGCUGAAGAAUGCUGAUUCUUUGGGAAAUUUAAAGAAAGAUGAUUUGAUUCAACAUUUUUCUUCAAUUCAUCCUGAUGCUCUUUCUGUUAAUCUUGGACUUUCUGGGUUUCUUGCCUUUUCCUCUGAUAAGCAAAACCCUCUCUUACCCAGGCUUUUUGCUGUUGUGGAUGACAUAUACUGCUUGUUUCAUGGGCACAUUGAGAACAUAGCUUCGCUAAAACAGUUGUAUGGAUUGACUAAAACUGCAAAUGAGGUGAGCAUCAUCAUAGAGGCUUAUCGUGCCAUGAGGGAUCGGAGCAGCAAUCCUGCUGAUCAUGCAUUGAGAAACAUUGAUGGAAAGUUUGCAUUUGUCAUUUAUGACAGUUCGACAAAGAGAACCUUCGUUUCUGUGGACAAUGAAGGAAGUGUCCCUCUCUUCUGGGGAACGGAUUCUGAAGAUCACCUUGUUCUCUCUGACAUUGCUGAGAUUAUGCAGAAAGCCUGUGGGAAAUCAUUUGCUCCAUUUCCAAAAGGAUGCUACUUUACAUCGUCUGGUGGCCUAAAAAGUUAUGAACAUCCACUGAAAGUGCUAAAGGCAGUCCCAUGGGUUGAUAGCUCAGGCGAAACAUGUGGAUCAACCUUCGAGGUGACCGAGGAGACUAAGAAGGAGAACAAGCAGCUGGGAAUCAAAGGAGGAAUGCCACGAGUUGGCAGUGAUGCUGAUUGGUCGACAAAAAUAUGAAAAUGCAACAAAUCAUCUGUUAUAAUGCCUUCUAUGCAAUGUCUUUAUCAUUGUCCUUCUAAACUAACUUCUAUUACUGAUGCCCCAAGUGGGUUUGGCUUCAUGGAUUUUACAUAAAAUUGCCUUAUUGAAUUGGCAUGUGAGUUUUAUCUCAAAAUUAGUACAUAAAAAUGAUGUUGAAUAUAUCCAAAUUUUUGUAUAUUUCGUCCAUAUAGUAUAUUGUCAUACAUAGUCUUGUUUAUUGUGGUU